AUGUCGUGGCGUUCGUCUUUCCGCUGCUCAAAGUUUCGCCACGUGUUCGGAAAGCCGGCCACCAAGGAGUACAGCUAUGACGGGGUGCCAAUCACACGCAGCGUCCACGACAACCACUACUGCUCUGCCAAUCCCUGCUUCAUCGCCGUGGUGACCGAGUGCGCCGGGGGCGGGUCCUUUUUAGUCCUGCCCAUCCAUCAUACAGGAAGGGUGGAUCCUCAACACCCGCGAGUGUGUGGUCACAGCGGGAGAGUCCUGGACGUCAAGUGGAACCCGUUUGACGAUCACUGCAUCGCCUCGUGCUCAGAGGACUGCACUGUGAAGAUCUGGGACAUCCCGCUCUGUGGCGUCCAACAGAACUUAACCAAGGCCAGGAAGACUCUGAUUGGUCACUCCAGGAGGGUGGGGCUUAUUGAGUGGCAUCCAACAGCUGAGAACCUGCUGCUUAGCUCCGCCUACGACUACAAGGUACCCACCGUCCAAAACAGCCGUGGCUUUGUCUCUCUCUUUGUCUCAGGUCCUCCUGUGGGACGUGUCACAGGUAGAUGCUGUAAUCAGGUACCCGGUCCGGGUGGUUCUGACGCCCGUCUACCACCGCUACCCGUCCGAGACGCUGCUGCUUUCCGUCAGCUUCAACAGCGACGGCAGCAGGCUGGCGGUCUCGUCCAAAGACAGACGGGUUCGAGUCCUGGACCCACGGACGGGAAAGAUUUUGCAGGCGUGUUUUUGAAGUGUCCAUUUUUCCUGAUUGUGUGUCCUUAUGUAAACAGUAAAACACAGGUUGUAAUAAUGUCCCUUCUGUUCCUGCAGGUGUCCAGCAGUAAGUCCCACAGGGCCAGUAAGGUUUUAUACAUCGGAGGGUUGAAGAUGCUUCUGUCCACUGGCAGCUCGCCCUGGAACCACAGACAGAUCGUCCUCUGGGACCCUGACGACUUAUCUGAGCCUCUGUACGAAGAAGAUCUGGACGGGUCUGCAGGAGUUCUCUUCCCGUUCUAUGACCCAGACACCCACAUGCUUUACCUGGCUGGGAAGGGCGACGGGAACAUCCGCUACUACGAACUGAGCGCAGAGAAACCUUACAUUAGCUUCCUGACAGAGUACAGGUCCCUGCUUCCACAGAAAGGAUUUGGAGUGAUGCCAAAGCGCGGCCUGGACGUGAGCGCCUGUGAGGUUUUCCGCUUUUAUCGCCUGAUCGCUGUGAAAGACCUGGUGGAGCCACUGUCGAUGAUCGUCCCGCGAAAAGAGUCAGGUAUUUUCCAAGAGGAUCUGUACCCGAUGACAGCUGGAAACCAGGCGGCCAUGACGGCUCAGGAGUGGCUCUCGGGGAUCAACAGGGACCCAGUCCUGAUUUCCUUGAAGCCUGAGACUCGAGUACCCAACCCUUACCCAGAAACCCCUGCUGAGAAGGGGCUGGUGAGAAAGCUGAGCCACCUCCGGUUCCAGAUGGGCCCAGCUGUUGGUGCAGUGACUGGGACAAACCUUGAACUCAUGGAAGAGGCCUUCCUUGAGGAGCAGCUGGCCUACCAGGACGCCAAGUACCCCAGAGAUCUGAGCGACCUGUCCGGGUGGCAGCCAGACGAGACCCAGAUCCCGCUGUGGAUGUACUGCUGCACUCCGCACUGCUGCGAACCUGCAGAGAGGCCGCCACCGACCACCGAAAGCGAGCUCCUGCAAGCAUUUUACAGACAGCAAGACGAGAUCAGAGGCCUGAAGGAACAACUUAAUCAGAAAGAUGUGAAGAUCGCUCAACUGGAGCUGGAGAUCAAAAACACCAGAAACAACAUGAGGGCGACCUUCUGACUCAAACGACCAAAUCUCACCGUCAUUGAACCAAUCAAAAUAUACUCAACAUUUCCACUCAGUAAAAGACACAUCACUUUCAUUUGUACAUGGUAAUUGUAUGUUAAC